GACCAGUCUGUUCAGUUUCUCUGUAUGAGUCUGACUCACUAGUUGUCUUGUAUUCUUUCCUUCACAGCUGUUCAGCUGAAAGCAUCUCCUCUGGCGUUCCCGGCUCUCUUUCAGCUGCUGCAUUUCUACACUCUGAGCAGAAGCUUGGCUGUGUUCUUCUUCAGAUCCACAGAUCAGCAGUAUGACUCCGGGAACACCAGGCUUAGUAGAAAUGCCAAAAACUGUCAUGUGCACUAUACAGCUUACAGGGGCCAGUGGUGCACUGUGUUUCAUCAAUCCUUUGUACCUCCAUGAGCAUGGUGAUGAUUGGCUGACUCAUUCUUCAACCAGCCCACAUCUUGCCAAUCAUCCAGUCAGCUUGAGACAAGAGAGGCGAUUAAGCAGUACAAGAGCAUGGGAUGGGAGGGGACUAAAACAGAGGCCAACUUCCCUAGGGUCAUUUGAGAAGUGUCCAGUGUCUCUAGCUUCCCCAGGUGGAGUUGUGCUUCGCAGGGGAAGUGAUUCCAGCCAGCAAGACCCUCUCAAAAGGGCAAGUGUAUACUCCAUCCACAGUCCUCUUCCACAGUCACCACAUCGUGUGUCAUGGAUAGAGGACAAGAUAUGGCUGAAGGCACCACCUCCUACCUUUCAGCUUCACCCACCCUGCUUAGAGCUGGACUCCCUGUCAGUUAGUAGUAUAGACGAGGAGCCUGAACCAGCCAUAUGCCCUUUCCCAUCCCAACAUUCGCCCCGCCUCCCUUUGGCAGAUAAGGUGAAGAACCGACUCUCGGCAGUGGGUCAGGCUCUGGGCAGACUCAUAUCACCACAGCGACGACUGAGUAAACGUGUUCAGGAGAUGGCAGAACGUAAGGGUGGGGUUUUUGCAGAGGCCAUCAGGGGAUAUAUAGAGCAAACUCUUGCAGGUGGGACAACUCCUGGGGUGACCUGCACUGAGAUGCUACAGGAAGUGCGUUCAUCUCUAACUGCUCUAAGAGAAACCCUGUUCGAUUACCCAGAGAUCCAAAGCAUCACAGACAGCCUUGGAGACACAUCUGAUUUUGAACUGGAUGUUAUGUUGGAGGUCGCCCUACAUAAAGUAGCUCUGAAGCCAGUUUACGCUCAUCUGUACAUGUGUCUGAAGACAGCACACAGGGAUGAUGGCACUCUGCAGCGUUUAGAGGCCAACAUGAGCAUGCUGGAGAAGCGCAGCCUGGAGGAACUGGAAGGUGCAGCUGGUGCUGGGGUACCUGAUGCUGUCAUGAUGGAGAAGAUCCAGCAACACUGGACCAUGAUGCAUAAGACCUACUCACCUAGUAAAAAAGUUUACAUCCUGCUCAAAGUCUGCAAGAAUAUCUACCAUAGCAUGAAGGCUAAUUCUAAACCUGGUGUGGUUUUCGGGGCAGAUGACUUCCUGCCGUGCCUGACGUGGGUGUUGCUGCGUAGCGAUGUGGCUACACUACAGGUUGACAUUGACUACAUGAUGGAGCUGCUGGACCCCACACAACUACAAGGAGAGGGUGGGUACUACCUUACAUCUCUCUACGCUGCCCUUUUUUACAUCAGCAGUUUCAGGCCUCGUUUAGCGAAGCGGCAACUCAGUGCAGAAGCACAGAGGUCUCUCAGCCAGUGGCAUCGCAGACGUACUCUCCACUGCAACCAAUCAAGGCACGCCAAAAAUCGCAGAACCAUACGGAGGCAUGGGCCAGCAGAGGCAGACUGUGCCGAUUCACUGGAAGGGAAUUCUUUGCAUGAGAGCGCAGAUUCCAGCACACCAGUCACCUCUAGAGUGCAGGAAACACUGCUGGGUUUGGAGGAAGAGUUAGAGGUUGUAAAGGAGGAAAAAGCUGCCAGCUCAGAUGGGGAACAAAUACAGUUACUAGAGACGCUCUACCAUACCACACCUAAAACAGAGGAUGAUGGGAGAGGUGCUGGAGUGAGCUGGAAAAUGAAACCGUAAAUCCGGAGAGAAUUAACAAAUGUUAUCAAAGAACUUACCUCUGGACUUAAUUAUUGAGUUUUGCAUGGGCAAGCAUCACUCACAUUUUCUAGUCUUGCAUACUAAUAUUAAUGUUUUAAAACUGAUUUCAGAUCAUGCAUACAAAGGCACAGUACUCUGCCAUAAUUAGUGUGUACUAUACAGCCGCUGUCAUCUUCAUUGUGACCACUAGGGGGUACUGUUGUACAUGUUUUUUCAUUUAUUAAUUACCAAGAAUGUCAUUCCAAAAGUGUUCUAAUACUGUUGUUGUAGAUUUGUUUUGGAAUAUAUAUAUAUAUAUAUAUAUAUAUAUGUGUGUGUAUAUAUAUAUAUAUAUAUAUAUAUAUAUAUAUAUAUAUAUAUAUAUAUAUAUAUGUGUGUAUAUAUAUAUAUAUAUAUAUAUAUUCCAAAUGUCCACAGUGUAUUGUAAUUUAAAUGCUGGAGGUUUUUUUGUUUUUUUUUCCGCCAGGUGAAUAAAGAUGAAAAAAAGUUUUAAAGAAAUGUAUAUAUUUUGUAACUGAACUUUGGAGGGUGAAUAUAUAUUAUUGCAUUUUUUAUGAUAAAUAUUUUGUGCUAAUGUUUUCAAUUGAAAUAUUCAAAGCUUAAAGGGUUAUUUCACCCAAAAAAUGAAAAUUGUCUCAUUAACUCACCCUCAUUUCAGAUGUGUGUGAUUUUAGAAAAAUAUCUCAGCUCUGUAGGUCAGUUCAAUGAAUUUUCAUUUUUGGGUGAACUUUCCCUUUAAAUAUAUAACCAUAAGAAAUUGCAUACCCAAAAAAAUACAUGCACUGUAAUGUGUGUGUUUUUAUUGAACAGGUAGCACUAGCUUGCACUUUCUGUACACAUUAGUCAGCUUGGACUUGAUAUUAUCAUGUGAAAGAGAAAAAUAAGAGGAUUGCAUGUAAUUCACUUGCUUUCUUUACACUGCCUCUGAAUUUUUUCAAUUAAAUUUUUUACUCAUUGUUAUGCUGAUAA